UCAUGUGUCCGAUGAUCACCCCAUUGACCGCCUAGGCCCCCCUAGAUCCCUAUCAUUAUCAAGAACCUCGGGCCGGCGUGUUUUUGGUUACGCGAAAAAUUGGUGUACUUUGACUGCGGGCCUGGCAGAGAAAUACCUCAAGAAUGGCAGCUGUAGUGCGAUGGCUUGAUAAACUUAUUGAGGACAAUGCAGAUCCUCGGGUCGCUGACUGGCCACUCAUGCAGACCCCAAUCCCUGGUACUACCAUGGUCAUUCUCUACCUUGUGGUGGUGUGGAUUGGCCCCAAGCUCAUGAAGGAUCGAGCCCCUUAUAGUCUGAAGAAUAUACUGUUGGUCUUCAACUUCCUGAUGGUUGUACUUUCCUUCUAUACGUUAUGGGAGUUUUGGAUGAGCGGAUGGCUGACUGGGUAUACACUGGGAUGUCAACUAGUAGACUACUCAACCAGUCCCAAAGCGAUGAGGAUGGCCAAUGUGUGCUGGGUCUUCUAUGUGUCCAAGUUUGUUGAAAUGCUUGACACGGUCUUUUUCAUCUUGAGGAAAAAGAACAACCAGAUUUCCUUCCUGCAUGUGUUUCACCAUGCGCUGAUGCCAUUCAGUUGGUGGAUUGGGGUCAAGUUUGUACCAGGAGGUUUUGGAACAUUCCAUGCUAUGUUGAACUCAUUCAUCCAUUUCAUGAUGUACAUCUAUUACUUCCUGGCGGCAUUGGGGCCAGCCUUCCAGAAGUUCCUGUGGUGGAAGAAAUACAUGACCAAAAUGCAACUGACCCAAUUUGCAUUGUGUAUGAUCCACAGUGCUCAGCUCAUCUUUAUAGACUGCGCCUAUCCCAAGUUCUUUGCCUGCAUCAUCUGGUCAUAUGGCCUCAUCUUCUUUGUCAUGUUCAUGGACUUCUACUUCAAGGCUUAUAAGAAGGGGGCAUUGGCAUCAAAGAAAGGCGAGCAAAAUGGUGUAGACAAGAGCAAAGUUCAUUAAUGAAGAGCCAUUCUGUUGGUAUCAGUGAACCGGUGCUAACCGGUUCUUACUGGUACCGACAGGCUCAGACCAGGUCUACAUGUACCUAAUUCUCACUUAUUUUAAGUGGUAUGGACUGGUCUUGGUUUAACAAUCAGACUGGUUCGAAUGAUUUCUGACUUCCUGUGGACUUAUUAUUAAAUUAGGCAUAUAAUUGUUAUUUAUGGUUUGUAGUAACAAUAUAUAAGGUGUGACUCACUGUAAAACAUAAAGGUAAUUCCCUAUCUACCGUUGUGUUUGUAUUGGCUCAUCAACAGUUUCACGUGUUAUGAUAGCCGGUUUUAAAAAUUCAAAAUGUUUUAAAAAAUGCUCCUUUGCAAAUACAUCAGUCAUUUUAUACCUUCAAUAUGAAGAACACAUUGUAGGCUGGUGAUAUCAUUCAAAUUAUUUAUAGUUGAUGUUCUAACACCUUUCCCACAGAUUUUAUUUCUUAAUUGGCCGUUGUUUUUACUAUUUUACCAUGCAUGACCAAAAAGACUGUACAGAGGCAGUCUGAAAAUGUAUUAUGCACAUAGCAACCAACACAUCAACUGGAGGUCUGUGUGCACAUGGAUAUAGGUGUACGCAUUGCACGUACUGCUCCUGUGAGCUACAGAGUCUAAAUCAAACAUUUCAUGAAGGAAUAGUGUGGAGAAAUUUUCAACUAACUUCAAAUUCAAAUAGAAGUGCAUUUGUUUUGGCUUGUUGUUUAAUUAUGUGGAUGAGGCAUUGUAAAUUAAAUAUUGACUACUUUAACUCGUAGUGCAGUAAAAAUAGUCUCCCUCUGUGAUCCAUGGAGCACUCCAUUUCCCUUAGCUUUGCUUUAGGAAAACAGCACGUUCCAUAGAUCACCUGGGUAGGCUAGUUUUACCACAACGCUUAAUAUAAAUGAUAUAUUAUACAUAAUGCUUAUUUCUAUUUAUGUCAAUCACUGACGGCCAUUUCAUUCAAAUAACCAUAAAAUACACACACAGUAAAUUGUGCAUAAUUUUGAAGAUGAUCUUCAUUCUGAAAAUGUAGGUAGUAGCAACGGUCCUGUUUUACCUGAUUUGUUAAGGUAUUUUUUAAACACAACAAAAUAUCCUUUUUUGAAUUAUUUUAUUAUACCAAAUUACAAAAAAAUCUGAAAUCAACCCUGUCUGACACUGAUAUGAGGGCAGCUGAAUUGAGUUGUUAUUUAUUUAAGUUCAAAAAUCAAUAAUGGAAUUUGAAAAAGUGGCCAUGUGAUGCCUUUUUUUUAGAUUAAUGCACGACGAUACAAUGUGUGCUUUGCUUCAUUUUUAUACCUGUAUAUUCUAAAUAUUAUAAUCAUAUAAAUGUAGAAGUAUGUACCCCAAUCAUAAUAAAAUGACCUCUAUUUUUUUAAGGGGGGGGGGCUUUUGUGAAUUGGGUAGUUAUACGGUAGUCUAUCAGCAUGUCCACCACUAUUCUAGGUUUCUGUCAUUAAAACAGUAGGUACUUUUCUGGGCACUUUCAAAUGAUCAUAUGCAACUUAAACAAGUCCAAUUGUUUCUAAGAAAUUGGAGGGAGUCCUAGUCAUUCCAUCAAGUUUUGAAGGCUAACUAUUCCUAAUUCAUUGAAGUCCUUCAGCUGUACUAAGUGCAGCCAGAAAUGUCGGAUCAUUGGUUGAGCAAAUACCUGAGGCUGACAGAGUUUUUUUAAUGUUCUUUGCACAUUACAGUGAACAAAAACAUUUCAUUUUAUAAUGCCGAUGAUUGGAACGUUGAGCAGUGUUUCAGUGUGCUGUGUUCUGUGAUAUUUAUUGUUAUAUUUUGACAUGUUGAGAAGAUGAAUGUGUAACCAAUUGCAAAUGUAUUUAUUUUAUCAAUUUAGUGGAUUUUUGUGACAAUGUUUCCGCAGAAAGUAGUGAACUUGUAUAAAUAGCAGAUAGUUAAUUAUGAUAUGUACCAUCAUUAAAAAUCUGUAAAAUAAGAAAAAUGACAUUGUAUUUCAGAAAUGUGUGUGAAAAAUGUUGGCAUCACCUGCUGCAAUAAGAUGAUGGUCCUGGCAGGAAUGUUAUUAAUGUAUGACUGGGUUACACGAGUACAUGUAAUUAGUUAAGAACUGGAAAGUCACCCCCCCCCCCCCCCCCCAGAAAUGAAGGGAAAGACCUUAGAUGUGAUGAUAUUGUUUUUUUGUUCAUAUGUGUGCUUUCCUAUGGGAGUUGGACGAGGACCAAUUCCCCUCAUCUCUACCUGGCUCCUACACUAAAGCACAUGUGUUGGAACAAAGCAUUAGGCCAUCAUAUUUCAGGGUUAUUCCUACAUGUAAAUUGCGAGGUGUGUUAGUGUUAAUUUUUCCAAUUUUUUGGUAUGACAUGCAUGUCAUUGGAACAUGUCAAAGAACAUGUCAUGAAAGGUCUAAUAUUUUGAAAUCCAACCCGAUUACCUCAUGUGGUGUGAGUCAUCAAGGACUAAAUACAGUAGAGUGCUAAUGAGUUCAAAUUAUGACUACGUAUCCAGAUAACAUACCUAAGUGUAGACUCCUCUCACAAGUAACUCCUCACAGUGAGAAAGAGGGGAGAUGUGAUGGACACGGGGAGGCCUUUGCCACUGUGUGUAAGGUGCCCAUCUAAAUCACAUCCGGUCGGUGCACAUUUAGGAGGGCCGAGUUACAAGUGCAUGCAUGUACUUGGUGUCCUGCACACUUGAGCUUUUUGUUAGUUGGCCACAGUAAUAGCUAUUAUUCCCAUACAUGCAUUUAUACCCACAAGGGUAAUCUAUUUGGAAAUAUGUGCUAAUAAAUGCUGUAAUUGACCAUG